AUGCGGCACAUGACGAAUACACAGUCGAGUUCCGCGAAAACGAGUGCGUUAUUGGCGGUGCUCCUGAGGUCGGACGGCACCAGGCCGGACACGGCGGGGUGUGUGCCCCGCAUGGUGUACUUUACAACAGAGCAGGGCGCGGUGGCGUAUGCGGUGGCGGCGGCACCGCCGGACGUGUUUGAUAUGUUGCAGAGUAAGGAGUACUUGGCUGAGGAUUCGGAAGGGACUGGAAAGAUUCCGAUGGUCGUCUCCCACAGCUUCGACUGGUUUGAAGAAUUCAAGCGACUGAAGUUCUGUUUGCCAGGAGAAUCGUCGGGGGUGCCAGACCCCGAGGCGGCAGACCCCGAAGCGGCAGACCCCGAGGCGGCAGACCCCGAGGGUCCCAUGUCGCAGGUGGAAGGGAUUGUGUUUGGCCAGCUGAUGAAGCGACUGACUCGGUUGGGGUUGGACACCACUCAGCCCGAGGGCUGCGACGAUCUCGUUCGCGAUAUUUUCGGCGCGCGACCCAUCGAACUUUUGGAACGAGACACCGGCGGCGACCAAGUCUCUGUGGUCUACUCGGGCGAGCUGAAGCCGGAGGAGGUCCAGAACUUCUUGAAGCACGCAUCCAAGGAGUGGAGGACUCUCUUCGACCCCCGCCCCUCCCUCCUGUUACGCCCCUAUUUCCUGUGGCCUGCCGUCGCCGUCGGCUUCACCGCGGGUACCAUGGCCUUGUACUGGGCCGUCAAGAUGCUGCCCCAUCACUACAAUGAAACAGCUCCCGUUAUGAACAGCUCAAUAUUGGGCAUUGGCAACUUCAGUCUGGACAACACUACCGCCAACACCCCCUUAGCUUUCCCACUUCCGGUGCUCCAACCACGACCUUUGUGUCCGACAGUGAGCUGGUCAGGCUGA